AUGAACGGUUCCAGUACCUCUUCAAGCCACUCCAGACAUGCUUCUCUUUCACGAGACCUGGGAUCCAGCACAGCCUCAAUGCGUUCUUGCCCGUCAGAGAGGCGUCGACACUUACUCUUUCCAUCAUUGGUCUCACGCACACAGGCACACAUCAGACGAGACACCACGCGGGCCAUCACUCCACUCGCGAGGCCGUCGCAAGGCGUGUGUGGUUCUCACUUGUGCUCCGCUUCUGUUGCUGUCCCGCCGCUCAACGUCAUCAUCACUCAACUUGCGCUCCUCCACGCUUUGCUCCAUCCCCCAACCAGCUCGCAUUCUACCACGAUACGCUCAUUGCAGGAACUCGUCCAAGCCUUGUUCGCUCUCAUCAUGGAGCGCAAGGUAGACCCACACACGGUCACAGAGUUCGACGAGGUCGUCAUCGAAGUGACCCACAAGUACGAAAUCGAACCCAAGACUCAUCCGCUUGCUCCCCUCCUCGAGCUGGUUGACAAGCCUCGGCGCGGGUCGCGCAUGGUGGGCGCGUUCAAGGUCGUCAAGGGGUGGCGAGUAUCCCAGCUGGACGACCUGCUCGUGCGCCUCAACUCGUCGGGCAUCGACUCGCUGCGCAUCAAGUUUCGCCCCGACAUCCCCGACGUCCCGGCCCGCCUCUUCGAGUCGCUCUUCGUCCCCGGACUCCGCAUGCUCCACUAUGACCAGGGACUGACGCACGCCGACGAGCAGGCGCUGGCGGCGUUUCUCGGCUCGCAGGCUGGACGCAGCCUCGAACACCUCCGCAUCAACCGCCACCGCCUCAGCGCCGAGGGCAUGACGGUGCUCAUGGACGCGCUGGCGAUGGUCAACGUCCGAUACAUCGACUACCGGUUUGAGCCGCGCACCCCCAUUCUCGAGAUUGAUCUGGACCCGCUGAGCCAUCCGGGCAGCCGCCGUCAUUCGAAUGGGUUGAUCGCGUUGAGGAAGGCAGCUCCGGCCAUGGCGUGA